GAGCAAGUAAUCAUGGCGUACGGAGGGUUGAGAGGAGCCGUAGGAUUUUCUCUUGUUUUACUCAUUGAUAAUAAUAUUGUACCUUGCUCAGGUAUAUUUGUGACAGCUACUCUGGCAAUGGUCAUGCAAACCUGUUUCUUCCAGGGUUCUACCAUUAAACCUUUUGUUGGACUACUGAAGAUUGAUCUGGCGAAGGCUGGAGAUGUGACAUUAAGUGAGGAGAUAAAUGAAAAGAUAUUUGAGCAUAUAAUGGCUGGGGUUGAGAUUAUAUCAGGCAAAAUGGGUCACUACGUCUUAGCGGAUAAACUUUAUCACUUCGACCAGACCUACAUGAAGAAGUGGAUUUGUGUUCCAAAUUAUGAGAAGAGAAUGAAGAAAUCUUAUGAGAAGAAGAUUUUAUCAGAUCAUUUGAUCAAUCUGUAUGGUCCGGCAGUGCUUGUAAAACAGAAUAUGGAGAAUAUUGAUACUAUUAAAGAAAACGGAUUUGAAAAUCUUGCAUACAUUCCAGAGAAUGAGGUACUGACGGAUACUUGUGUGUCGAGGCGAAGCAGUAAUCGUAAAAUGUAAGUUUUUAUAAAUUGAAAGUAUAAU